UCUUUAUAAGCACUAGAAAAUAUAAAUUUCUGUUACUAAUAAAAUAAAAGCAUGUACAAAAUUUUAUUUUCAUGACUCUGAGUCAUAAUUUUAAGCACUAGAAUAUUUACAGGCGAAUAGAACUCGAACAUUUUUUUAUCACCGUAGUGAAGUUUAAAAAUAAGCUAACAGAAAGACAUGAACAAAAAAAAACCUAAGAAAAUCGCAUGUCUUGUCACGGGAGCUAUAAGAAUAAUUAGUCUAUAAGCAAAUUCACGGAACCCCUGGUUUUAUUUUCAGCUUUUCUUUGAUAAUAUAACACUUGAUAGUAAAUUAUCACUCAUUGAAUAUUUAGUAGUGUAUUUUCUCUUUUUUACAACGGAACAUGUGAUUUGGCAAGCAAUUAUUUGCAAUCGACUUUUUUUCUCAGAAACAUCUACGGUGAUAAUAAAUUGAAGUAGAAAGUCACGAGUAUCCUUUUGGUCUAUUCUUAUUUUUGAGCCCGGAAGAAUAACUAAAGCUGCACCAUAAAUUAUACCAAGGCUUUUUUACACAAUGGAAAACGUAUCUGUCGAUACUCACCGUAAAUUUUUGAAAAUAAAUUUUUUUGUACUAAGAUACAGUGGAAUUUGGCCGCUUUUACCGUCGGCUAAAAUCGGCUGGAAAAUAUUAAAUAUUAUUUACAAAUAUCUCAACUUGAUAGCUUACAUUUUUUAUUUAAUAACUGUAGGGGCUGACGCGCUGACCAAUGUCACUGAUUUGACGAUAUUUGGUUGCGACGGCUGCUUUUUUUUUGGAACAUGCAUGAUGGUGUAUAAAUCCUACAAAUUUUCGGUCCGGCAAAAAGAAAUUACAAAAUUCACUGAUGAAAUCUACGGACCUAUAGAUAUUCUUCUACAAUCUUCAGACCGUGGAAUAAUGAUAAACAUAAAAAGACAAUUGUUUUAUGAAACAAUACAACUCUACAGUCUUUAUAUAUCAAUAGUAAUUACGACAUUCGCCUUGAUAUUUUUAGUACCUCGUGAAAAGGGUCUCUUACCAAUCCGAGCUAUCUAUCCCUUUGAUACAACCGUUUCGCCCAACUAUGAGCUAACAAUUUUCUAUCAGUUUUACUGUGUGGCCUACAUUCUGAUGAUGGCGGUGACGGUCGAUUCUACAACGAUUGGACUUAUGAGAUGGCUGACGAUUCAAGUUCUUGCACUGACCAACAACUACAAGAAUUGUGACAGCAAAUUAACAAAACGCGCUGGUUUAAUUUCUCCAGAUGAAUCUUAUAGAACUUUUGCGGAAAUAAACCUUUUAAAAAUUAAGGAUCAAGAGAAUUUAAUAUGCAAAUUUUUAGCUUUUGAGGAGCAAGAAAUCAAAGACUGUAAUGAUAAUUUCACCGGGAGAUUCAAAACUUGCAUCAGAAACUAUGAAAGAAUUAGAAAAAUAGUUAACAAUUUCAAUACGACUUUUAGCAUUUUUCUGUUGAUUCAGUUUGCAACCAGCUUAUUAAUCAUUUGUCUGAACGGUUUCAUGAUAUUACUGAAUGCGAACAGUGCAGCUAACUCAAUGCGGUUUGGACUUUAUUUAUUCAUGUCUUUUGCUGAGUUACUUAUAUAUUGUUUUUACGGAAAUCAGUUUACUUCCAUGGCUGACACACUGACGCACAAUCAAUGGAUGUCGGGAUGGGAAUGCGCAUAUGAAAGGAAUUAUAAUAAUGAAUUGAGCAAUCUUGUAACAACCUCAAUGAUGCCGACAUUGAAGCCGCUGCAAUUCAAAGCAGGAGGAAUGUUUGCUUUAUCAAUGCCGACUUUUUUGGCGAUUGUAAAAAGCUCCUACUCUACUCUGGUACUUUUGACGACAGUAGUCGCUGAUGAAUAAGACGCAAUUAGAAAUUUUCUUGCAUAGUUUUUUGAAGUAAAUACUUCACUGUUGUUAUUACUUAACAUAAUUGAAUGUAUAAAAUAAAUCUAGUUGCUACUAAAAUCUU